AUGGCGGCGGCGCUGCUGCUGGCUUUGAGCUUUGCGCUCCUGGACCACCAAGGCGCCUGCGCGGCGGCGUGUACCAUCUUAACCUCCAUCAGCGAAGCCGGCUCCAAGACACACUUUACAUGCACUCUGAACAGCAGUGCCGUCGACAUCCUUGGCCACCGCUGGAUGAGAGGUGGCAAGGUACUGCAGGAAGACACGCUACCUGACCUGCAGAUGCAGUACUCGGUGGACACAGAUGAAAGCGCUGGGGAGUAUUCCUGCAUCUUCCUUCCUGAGCCCGUGGGGAGGAGCAGCAUCUUUGUGGAAGGACCACCCCGGAUCAAGGUCGGGAAGAAGUCAGAGCAUUCUAGUGAGGGGGAGAACGCGAGAUUGAUCGGCAAGUCUGACUCAUCCCACCCUCCUGUCAUUCAGUGGACCUGGUUUAAGACCUCUGACUCUGGGGACCAGGUGAUCACCAAUGGCUCUGAGAGCAAGUACCUCGUGAUAUCCACACCGGAGAGAUCUGAGCUGAUCAUCAGAAACCUGGACAUAAAUAGCGACCCUGGCACCUACAUGUGUAACGCCACCAACUCCCAGGGUACUGUCCAGGAGAGGAUGACACUGCGUGUGCAAAGCCGUCUGGCCGCCCUCUGGCCCUUCCUGGGCAUCGUGGCUGAGGUCUUGGUGUUGGUCACUAUCAUCUUCAUUUAUGAGAAGCGACAGAAGCCCGACCAGUCCCUGGACGAGGAUGACCCUGGUGCUGCCCCACUGAAGGGCAGCGGCCAUCACCUGAACGACAAGGACAAGAACGCCACCUGA